AUGUCCCACGUGAGAGAACCUCUUCCUCCGGGGCCUGAAGGGCCACAGCAAGCUCCGACUGAAAACAGCGCUUUGAUCUCUCUCCCUCGAGGUAAGUUGCUUCAAACUGACCAAGAGAAUACUGCGGCAGGAGAUAGAGACGCAAACCAGCCUUCCAGUAACCAAAGUACACAGCCAGAGAUACAAGACCAGUCCAUCUGGGGAAAUCACACUGAUGGUGACCUCAUCAGAACACAACCUCAACGCUUGCCUCAGCCAAAUACUUCAGCACUGGAAAUGGGUGAGGAAGAAAGUGGCAAACUCCAAAAUGGCCACGUGGGUCUGAGUAACGGAAGUGGAAUUCACAAUGGUAUCAAGCACAUGCCUGCAGACAACAGAAAACAUUCGGCUCCUGUGUCAGAAAAAAUGCACAGAAAAAUUCAGUCCACCUUGUCUGUCAACAGCAAUGGCAGCAAAAAGAGUAAAAUAAGCUCUGCAUUUUCUCAAAAGCCAGGUACUUCACCUGAAGAUUGCUGUGUUCACUGUAUCCUGGCUUGCUUGUUCUGUGAAUUUCUCACCCUCUGUAACAUUGUUUUGGGACAAGCAUCCUGUGGCAUCUGCACAUCGGAGGCCUGCUGCUGCUGCUGUGGGGACGAGAUGGGAGAUGACUGUAACUGCCCAUGUGAUAUGGACUGUGGCAUAAUGGACGCAUGUUGUGAAUCUUCAGAUUGCUUAGAGAUCUGCAUGGAAUGCUGUGGGAUCUGCUUCCCAUCAUGAAAUGUUUAUCCCUUUUUAUUUUAUUCUCUAUAAAACUGGAGAGCUUUUCUUUAAAUACAUUUGAAGAAAGACAAGGUAAGGUUUUCAUGCAACCAACUGGUAUUGCACUGUUAAUUCCCUAUAUAUAAAUAUUUUUUUCUAAACUAGUCCUCAAAUCUGUAUUAUAACACAAAUUGUAUAGUU